GAACAAUGCGCAGGUAAAAAACACCAACAAACGAUAAACCCUGCAAACAUGAUCUCCGGCAUCCUCAUCUUCAACCAGAAAGGCGAAAACCUCAUCUUCCGCGCUUUCCGUAACGACUGCCGCCCCCGCCUUGCAGACAUAUUCCGCAUCCAAGUCAUCUCCAAUCCACAAGUGCGCUCGCCGAUUCUAACGCUCGGCUCAACGACGUUCAGCCAUGUGAAACACGAGAAUAUAUAUCUGGUCGUGGUUACCAAGAGCAAUGCCAAUGCGGCGCUCGUGUUUGAGUUUUUGUAUCGGUUUAUUGUGCUGGGAAGGGGUUAUUUUGGGAAGUUUGAUGAGGAGGCGGUUAAGAAUAAUUUUGUGUUGGUUUAUGAGUUAUUAGAUGAAAUUAUCGACUUCGGAUACCCCCAAAACACAGAAACCGACACGUUGAAAAUGUACAUCACAACCGAAGGCGUGAAAUCCGCCAUUGCAAACUCGGCCCAAGACUCGAGCAAAAUCACAAUGCAAGCGACGGGCGCUCUCUCCUGGCGACGCGCAGAUAUCAAAUAUCGCAAAAAUGAGGCCUUUGUGGACGUAAUCGAGGACGUCAACCUACUCAUGUCCGCGACGGGAACGGUCCUGCGAGCCGACGUUCACGGACAAAUUAUAAUGAGGGCAUAUCUUUCCGGUACACCGGAAUGCAAAUUCGGACUCAACGAUCGAUUACUCCUGGACGGGGACGACUCGAGUUCCGCGGGGAACCGAAAUGGUCGAACAAAGGCAACCCGUGCAGCUGCAGGAUCAGUAACGUUGGAAGAUUGCCAAUUCCAUCAAUGCGUAAAACUAGGACGAUUUGACGCCGAUCGCACAAUUUCUUUCGUACCGCCCGACGGCGAAUUCGAGCUCAUGCGGUAUCGAGCCACUGAAAAUAUCAAUCUACCAUUCAAAGUCCACCCGAUCGUACGCGAAAUCGGCACGACAAAAGUCGAGUACAGUGUCGCUAUAAAAGCCAACUACGGUGCAAAACUAUUUGCGAGUAACGUGGUGGUUCGAAUCCCGACACCGCUCAACACAGCCAAAAUCACCGAGCGCACGACCCAGGGAAAGGCGAAAUAUGAACCGGAACAUAACAAUAUUGUAUGGAAGAUUGCGCGGUUUACGGGACAGAGCGAGUAUGUGCUUACGGCGGAGGCGACGUUGACGAGUAUGACGCAUCAAAAGGCGUGGAGUCGGCCACCAUUGAGUCUGUCGUUUAAUCUUUUGAUGUUUACGAGUAGUGGGUUGUUGGUGAGGUAUCUGAAGGUGUUUGAGAAGGGGAAUUAUAGUAGUGUGAAGUGGGUACGGUAUAUGACUCGGGCUGGGAGUUAUGAAAUACGGUUUUGAUUCCCUGUCUAAAAGCUUGUCUCUUCUGUUUAGGAGCAUCAUGGCCCAUGAAUAGUAUUGUAUAUAUAUGUGGUUCGAAACAUACCCAUAUGUUUUUUCCCGAGAUCAUGAACCAGCUUGACUUUAGACGUUGAUAUCAAGUACCAAUCCAUAUCGUAGACUAACAACUAGUCAAUGCUCCGG